AUGUUGUCCUUUCCAUCCACUGGCGAAUAUCUCCCCGCCAUCCGCCAGUCAUCCCGAAACUUACGCCAGGCAGCUGGAAUUACAAUCUCCCCUCAACCCCUGCUUUUAUCUCCUGCAUUCCAGCAUUCUUUCAAAAACUCAAACAGUGGCCGUGGCCUAGCACUUCCUCUCAGAUUUUCCUCACAUCUCGAAGAACUAAACUUGAUUUCUGUCCUCGCUUUACUCAACUUCGGCUCGGGCUACUGCAUACCACUCCAUGCUCAGACUGGACGGGGCGCUUGGGACUCGAUCAGAGCCUUGGUAUUCUCCCUCUACAUCACUUCCUCGGAUCGAGGCGACUUUCUCUCCGCUCAAGGAAUGAAAGCUGUAAAUGACUCCAAAAUUGCUGAGCUGUUAGCCAUCCCUCUGCAUGUUGAACGCCCCCACGACACCAUACCUGGUGUGACCAUUGGCGAGCUUGGCGGACCACUGUACGGGUUUGUCCAACUUAUCGUCAAAGUCCUAAACGAAACUGGGACCAUCCUCGCGAGCAGUGGAUAUCCCAACCUUGGAGCUUUUGUCGCAGAGACUUUGAAAGAGUCCUCAAGGGGUCCUACACAACCCAAUGCUAAUGUCGACUUUGUUUUGGAACGGCUUAUUCGCACCUUUCCCGCCUUUCAAGAUAUGUCAAAAGUUGACGGACAAGAAAUAUAUUGCUUCAAGAAAGCCCUUUUUUUAAUUCAUGUGAUCUCUGCUCGCUUUGGCUCCAUGUGCCCGCCUCCGUUUCCCAUUCCUUCAUCAACACAGAUUCCAGUAUUCGCUGAUAAUGUUCUACCCUCCUUGCUUAUACAUCUCGGGGUAAUCAAUAUCUCAUCCUCACAAUCACUGGCUAGCUUGUUCCCUGGCGCCGGUUCGGAGGACAACCUCAAGAGUCUGUUGGACCCUGCCUCAUCAGCGAACAAUGACACUACCCCCAUCUGCCGGGGGGGUCCUCUUCUCAAUCUCAACCAAGCAUACACUUUACGUGCGGCGGCCAUUGAUGCAUGUGAACUCCUUGUUGAUGCGGCUCACUUGCUGCACGACGGAGGGAAGGAUUUGCCCACAUGGCUUGAGGAAGUUACGCUUUCCCAACUAAAUAUGUGGCUUUGUGCAGUUGCAGAAGACAGACCUGAAUACAGGGCACUGGGGUGGUUUACAGUACAAGGUACUAGCUUUUUCUGA